CUUCUAAACUGAAACGUCAUCGACGUCAAAUUCGGCGUCUCCCUAAAGAGGUUAUAGUAGUGUUAUUUUGUGCUUAUUUUAAUAAAAUAUAAGGCAGAAAAUAUGGCUAAGCAUCAUCCAGAUUUAAUUUUCUGCAGGAAACAGCCCGGUGUCGCUAUAGGCCGAUUGUGUGAGAAAUGCGACGGUAAAUGCGUGAUAUGCGACUCGUACGUGCGGCCGUGCACGCUGGUGCGCAUCUGCGACGAGUGCAACUACGGCUCGUACCAGGGACGAUGCGUUAUCUGCGGCGGGCCCGGCGUGUCUGACGCGUAUUACUGCAAAGAAUGCACUAUCCAGGAAAAAGAUAGAGACGGGUGUCCAAAGAUUGUGAACCUGGGAAGCUCAAAGACUGAUCUGUUCUAUGAGAGAAAGAAGUAUGGCUUCAGAAGACACUAGUAGUAGCUGUGAUGUUAGGCUAUUUGUUGUAUUAUUAAAUGUGUGACUUGGACUUUAAAGAUGGAUUUAACUUAGGGUGGUAUUCCACCUGUCCAAUCUCAUUGCAUCUCACUCUCUCAUUAAGUAAAAAUGUGAGACGCAAUACACAUUGGACAAAUAAAUUAAACAGGUGACAAACCACCCAUAGGGCCACAUGAAAAAUUACUAAUGGUUUGGACAUUGGUAAUUUUUCUUCAAUUUAAGGUUCAUGGUACUCUGGUAAAAUGUUUACCAAUCUGCUGAUGGCGGUUGAUGAGGGGGAUUUUAUUUAUAUAUCAUGACCUAAAUACCUAAGUGCAAAUUUUGUUUAAAAAUAAGACUACUUUCCUGACACUAAUGUAUAUCUUAAUUUAUAAAAAUAUUUGGUCAUAACUUCCUCAGUGAAUAUAUUGAACAAAAUAUUUCUAUUUGAAAUUUAGUUGCCUACAAAAAACCGUUGCUACUUACUGUUCCAUGAAGUGUUUUUUCCAUAAAAUCUGCUGGUACAAAAAAAAAGUUGUUGGUUUGUAAGAUCAGUCCACAGACAAAACAUCCUCCAGACUUAGCAUAGUCGCGCUACCCCCUCUGCCACGCAUACGGUAAUUUACUCCAUGUUCGAGUCGAAAGUGUAUUUGUGUGACGUCCGUGUCUUUGAACGGACCAAUCACGGCACGGGACUUCGCUCACCUCGUCCCGCGCACCCCCGCAUUUUUGCCAUCAUCGGUUGCAUGAAAUAAUUGCUCUAAACUCGGUCUAGACUCUAGAGGAUUCUUAGUCUAUGGAUCAGUCAAACCAAAAUAUUUGUAAAUAAAAACUCCAAUGUAAUUUUGGUUUUAUUAAGCGUUUAUUUACAAUACAUACCAUUUCCAUCUAUUCAGGAAAUAAAAACAUUAAAAAAUUAAUGACAAACCUCAUUUUGUAUUGUAUUUAUUUUAUUUAUACCUACAUCUACAAAUUAUAUGGAGGGCUUAGUGAAAACUAAGUCCUAUACUAAAACUACAAGGAAACACUUUAUUGUCAAGUAUAAUAUUUACCUACUACUAAAAACUAGUAUUAUUA